AAACAAUAGAGAGGAAAUCAAAUAUCAUGUAUGAUAUAUAUCAGUGAAAUUUAGAAUCUCUAUUUUCCUUCUAAUAAAGUUCAUUGUGGUAAUUGUGAGAAAGAUAUCUCUAAAUAAGCAAGAAUUCUUUGUGUUGAAUGUCCAAAUUCAAUAGAUAUUUGUAUGAAUUGCUUUUUAAAUUUACAAGAAUUUGGUACAUAUGUAUUUAAAUAUAAUUUUAGCAUAACACAAUAUUGGGCAUCCUUAUGCAAUUAUCAAUAAAUUAAAUUUUCCAACAUUUGUUGAAGAUUGGACUGCAGAGGAAGAACUGUUAUUAUUAGAAGGUUUAGAAAAGAAAGGUUUUGGAAAUUGGUAAGAUAUAGCAG